GCCGCGCCGCCUCUGAUCCAGGAUCAGCGAUUAUACCUCACUUUUUGCCCUUAAACCGUUGGAGACAGGGUGGGGUUGUCCGGAAGUACUCUAAAAAAAGAAAGAGUUUAGGCAACUGAGCAAACUGUGUGAAGAGAAAACCCGGGGAGGGAAAGCAAAGACUGCAUGACAUUUAGACCCAUUCAUUGAUUUGAAAAAGAAACUUGAAGAACGGUUUCGCCAUUGAAAAGCAUCAAAGCGGAAGCCAAGUGAAUUAGGAAAACUUGCCACGUCCUUGCUUCGAUUUAAAUAAAAAAAGGUUAACUUUAAGACGAAAAUCGGGCUUUAAAACAUUUUCCUAAACGAUUUCAUUUGCAUCUGAGUCAAUUUGGUCGAGGUAGCGUUGCUCCAAUCAAAAGGCAAGCGUGCGCGUAACAUCUGAUCCUCACGUUACUUCCACUCUCGCUGCGUUUGACUUGUUGGCGGGGCGUUGGUGCCUUUGACUUUUUUUCUUCACGGCUCGGUCCACUCCGCUGCUUUGGGGCUGCUCGACAAGAGUCCGAUUUAUUCGACCACACUACUCCUAAAGUAACACAGCACAAUGGCCGGAUCCAACAGCAUCGACGCGGUUAAGAGAAAAAUUAAAGUUUUACAACAGCAAGCGGAUGAGGCAGAAGAAAGAGCCGAGAUUUUGCAGAGGCAGGUCGAGGAUGAGAAGCUUCACAGAGAGCAGGCUGAGGCAGAGGUGGCGUCUCUGAACAGGCGUAUCCAGCUGGUUGAGGAGGAGUUGGAUCGUGCUCAGGAGAGAUUGGCCACAGCCCUGCAGAAGCUGGAGGAAGCUGAGAAAGCUGCAGAUGAGAGCGAGAGAGGGAUGAAAGUAAUUGAGAACAGGGCUCUGAAGGAUGAGGAGAAGAUGGAGCUCCAGGAGAUCCAGCUUAAGGAGGCCAAGCACAUUGCUGAGGAAGCCGACCGCAAGUAUGAAGAGGUGGCACGUAAGCUGGUUAUUGUGGAGGGUGAGCUGGAGCGUACAGAGGAGAGAGCAGAGCUUGCCGAGAGCCAUGCCAAGCAGUUGGAUGAGGAGCUGAGAGCUCUUGACCAGACACUGAAGAGUCUCCAGGCCUCAGAGGAUAAGUAUUCCCAGAAGGAAGACAAGUAUGAGGAAGAAAUCAAGAUCCUCACUGAUAAGCUGAAGGAGGCUGAGACCCGUGCGGAGUUUGCCGAGAGGUCUGUGGCCAAACUGGAGAAAACCAUUGAUGAUUUGGAAGAGAAACUGAGAGAUGCUAAAGAGGAGAACGUCAAGAUCCAUGCCACUUUGGACCAGACCCUGAGCGAGCUCAACAGUUUCUAAAAGCCUGGACCAGGAACACCCUUUCCUCCCCAUUCCUAACACCCAAUUCUCAUCUCAUUUUCUUCCCUUCACACAUGUGAUUCUUUCAUUUUCAACCCUGGUUUCUUUCGGGGCAGAGCUCACCAAGCCAACCAGCCAAAAUAUGGUGCCUCUCGAUUUAAAAGUACUUCAGUCUUUUAGGAGCACUUGAUAGAGGUUCACAUCUCAGAAAUGGUGACUUGAGCUAAUAUAUUGGAUCCUUAAAAUCUAUACCCUCGAUGGCUUUUUUGGGCGUUCUGUUUUAUGGACGUUGUGUGAUCAGCACUGCAUUAGCGCCGUGUUUAUUCUCAACUCCCAAUUUAUUACUUAAGGCUGAUUUACUCGCAAUUAUGUGCCAUGAAAGCCAUCUUGGAAAUGUCAUGCUUGGCUUAUGAUCCCUGUGCAGCGAAAUUUAGCCGUUAUUGUGAUAAAGGAUAUUUAAGAAGCUUGUGCCUGUGGCUCCCCCACUGUCCUCUUACACCUCUUUACUUUCUUCAUUCUGCACAAGUUUCUGCUGCCUGUUUGUUGGUGUUGCAGGUUUUGGGACCAAAACCACAUCAUGUGGUCUGUAACAGUAUGCUCAACCGUGUCGGGCAGACCAUCGUCUUUUUUUUUAUUAAAAGCAUUUGCUCCUCUUAGGAGUUUUUGGAGAUGGAGUAAUAUAUGUAUUCAUUUGGGUUUAUCCCCCCAGCAGUUUAACACCAAACUUUACCUUUUUCAAACCACUAUUAGAAUUGCUGCACUGUUGUGGGCUUAUGGUGGGCAUCCUGCGAACAGAGGAGGCCAAGUUAUGGUUUUUUCACUCCGAAUGGAGGCAUGUUUAGUUUUCGUUUGCUUUAAAGAGCCAUACUCUAAACCAGGGAAGGUUAAAGAUAAGAGGUUUUUCUUUACCGUGAGUUCAAGUCAGUGUCACUGCCAGGUUUGAAAGGUCCACAAAACCGUGCAGAUCUAAAUGUAUUAUGAACACAUUAAAUGGGAGCGUAAUGUAACACUUAAUAGUAUAAGGAUUUAAGGGGCGAACACGUAGUUUUAACUGGAAAGUGCCCACAAUGACGUGUAAUCACUUUGUUACUGUCUGUAUCUUGUGUAAUGAUGGCUAAAUUCUUUUUUAAAUAAAGACCAUGAUUUUUACUGUCA